UGAAUAAAUUAAGGGUCGCGAAAAUUCCAUGCACGAUACGUUGCGUAUUGAUUCAUUACAUUCGAUGCAUCUUAUUUAUCACGAUGAAAUUAUGCUAUAAUCAGAAAUUGUCAACCUCAAUCUUACCUAAUUAUCAAUUGAGCGUAGUCCUGGCAACCAUUUCUUGAAGCUGAAUAUUGGUUCUACUAUUGUCUGCCACUUUUACCGCACAGCUUUUAUCGGUCUAAUAUUGGGAAAGAACAUUUGUAAAAGAAAUACAAUCAAUGUUAUAUUAGCACGCACUUGUAUCUUUAGAUAAUUCUGGCAAAGCAACCAAUUCCUCAUCUAAUAGUGCAUUUUACCCCCCAUUUGACUUCCUGUGAAAGGUAAACAAAUGGAGCUCAAGAUAGUGAGCAGUACAAAUCCGAAAUGUAACUCUAAAUGGGCAUUUUUGCGUUCCAAAUGCCGAGGCAAAAGAGAAAAUACAAUGUUCGGUUCCCACCGCAGGGCCGUAUCAAGAAAAUUAUGCAGAAGGACACGGAGGUGGGGAGGAUUGCAGCUGCUGUGCCUGUUAUCAUAUCCAGGGCCCUUGAAAUGUUUUUAAAAUCAUUCCUGAUCAUGACCAGUCAAAUUACCCAGUCAAAGCACAGUAGGGUCAUGUCAAUGGCCCACAUGAAGCAAUGUAUAGAGAACGAGAAGCUCUUUGACUUCCUCAAGGACUUGGCAGAGCAGGCCACGGCCCCAGCCCAAGCCACCCAGGGAGAAGGGCACAUUAAGGGGAAAUGGCUGGCUCACAGGCAACGAUGGCAAGAAAUUCGUAUCGGCAAAAAGCAGUGUGGGGAAGCAGAAAGGACAAGCAGACCCAAGAAUGACUCUUUGGACAACAUUGAACUCUCAGAUGACUCGGGCUCAGAACUUCUCUUCAGCCUGGGAGCGAAGUUGCAACAUCAUCACUGAACAUAAUCCAUAUAUCUUGCCGACUGACUUCUAGCCUGUUCAUUUUUUUCUGUUCUAAAAUCCAUGCAUAAGUGAUCUGCAGUGUCACUUACUUGUAUUUAUGGAGCAGCAAUAUUUUAUUUCAGUAGAGAUGUUUGAAUUGGACUUUGUCUGUUUUGCUCUAGGGAUGGAUGGGAUGCUGUCCAUGACACUCUCUUAACCCUUUCUAGCCAUGGUGGUUGUGUAAAAGGCCUAUUAGCCCUACAGAACUGAAAUAUAUAUAUUUUUUUUUUACAAAGUUUUUUGGUAACCUGGCAUUUUUUUGUUUUAAUUUAUUGUUCUAUAUAGCAUUUUAUAGUUGUGUCAAGAGUGACACAAUGACAUUUAAAUUAAUAUAUGAAAAUAAAUCAGUGAAAUGAAUUUUGUGACAUUCUGAUGAAGUCCGAUAAGAAUAGCUUGAUAUCCAAAUUGUAUGUGGGUAAUUCAAGUUUUAGCUAAAAACCUUAUUUUUGUGGAGAAAGUCAUUUCAUAUUUUUGUAUUGUUCAAAUGGAAUGUUGAUUCUCUUGGUCUUGGUUCAUACAUUGGGUUUGGUGUUUUUGGUUUUGUGAAAAUUCAUUUAGAACGGUAAUGUCAAAUGGCAUGUUUUUUCAUUUGGAGUGUUCAUUUGCUUUCUGAAGUUUGUAUGACCAGAGUUAGGUUUUUUUUUUUUUUUUGCUGAGUUUAGAAACGUUGAUGAAAAGUCAAUGAACUGUUGUUAUUCCAAGGCUGUUGUGCAGAACUGCUUAUAGCUCCAAUGCCCUGCUUACAAACAAUUACCUCUUUAUAUUUAGGGCAUCUGUUCUUGGUUUAGUAAUUAUGAGUCCCAGGAAACAGCAUUACAAGAAGAGUGCUGUACUUCUUAUGAAUAUAGGCAUGUUCAUUUUUAUGGAUUCCUAUUUUAAUUUACAACAAAUUAGCUUAGGGUAUUUGAAUAGAUUUCAUGUUUUCAUUUUUGCAGUUGGUCUAUUGAAAUGGAAACUUAAUUUCUCUUUUAUAGUCCUGCUAUUAGGUACAAAAUAUUUUUAACGCUCAAAUCAUAUUGUGUAGAUGUCAUGACAAAAUAAAUUACAUAAAUUUAAGCUUGAUAUAAGGAUACACUCUUAAGCAGUGUUUGCAUGAUUGAAGCUCAUUUUGGAUCUAGAUUUUCUCAGCAAAAAACCAAAUCUGUAAAAUAUCAUGUAAAUAAAUGUCUCAUGUUGUGUAGAUGGAGACAGAAGAAUUGCAUGAAAUACAGCGUGUUUCAAUGACAAAUUGUAGUCAAUGUUCCAUACUUCUUUUUUCCCCCUUGUGUUUGGAAUCAGGUUUGUUAUGAUCCUAUAUCACCACUAUGCUACCCGCAGAGGUAACACUGCAGCAGAAGAACACACCCUCCUCUGAUAUAUUUUCCCAUACAAGCCACAAGUAUGGGAAUAUAUGGCUAAUAUCAGCCAUGAGAAAACAAGAUGAAAGGUGCUUACAUUAGCACAAGACAGUGGACAAUGAAAGUGCACAGAGAAUGAAAGAUUUUUAUUGUAAGAAGUGGGGUCAUGUCACAAAGAAUACUGCAGAGGUUGAAAUAUUGAAAUAAAUUAAAACAUGGUUAACUAUGCUCUCAAAGAACAUAUAUUACUU